UCUCCCGGAAGCGCCGCCCCCUCCGCCUCAGUCUCUCUCUUUCCGCCGCCAUCUUGAAGCCGGCUCCCCGCACAAAAUGCCUGGUGAAGCGACAGAAACCGUCCCAGCCACAGAGCAGGACCUGCCACAGCCUCAGGCUGAGACAGUACCUCCUCCCCCGGCCCCCGGGGAAGCAAGCUGGCCUCUCACAGGAGUGACACUGGCAGCUGAGCAGACCAGAGCAGUUGGUUCCCAGGCUGAGGCUGUACAGGCCGAGUCUGCUCUGGAGCCGUCAGCUCCUGCUGUCCCUGCCCCUCCUGCCGGUGCUCCUGCAGCGCCCGCAGCCGCUGUUUCUGAGCCUCCUGUUCAAGUGUCAGCCCCUGCCGCUCACGCUGCCCUGCCCUCCUCUCCGAGUGCCCCCACGGGCCUGGCUGUGUCACUAGAACAGCCCCCUUCCCCAGCACUAGCUCCCCCUGCAGCCCCUGCCUCCCCACCUGUGGUCCCAGCUCUGAUGCCUCCUACCUUUUCCGCUCCCUUAAAGCUCCCAGCUGCAGCUCUUGGCAUCCCAGUGCCCAGCCCCCCUCCCGCUAUCCCCCCUGCAGCCCCAGCCGAUUCGGUCACUCCAGGCUCUCCUCCUGCGAGCCCAGCACUGGCAUCUCCCUCUGUUACCCCAAGCGCUCCCCUGGCCCCUCCUGCCCCCCUGGCAGCACCAGCCUCUCCUAGAUGCCAAGUUUUGACAGCUCCUGUUUUUCCCCUGACCCCCCUUGUUCCUCCUGUGGCUCCUGCGGCCCCCGGCCCUCUUGCGCCUCCUGCAAUCUCAGCUACGUCCCCUGUGGCUGCUGCCCCUGCCCCUCUCACUUCCCCUGGGGCCUCAGCUUCUCCGGUGGUCUGUGCUGCUGCCCCUCUGGCCCCAACCUCUUGCCCAGCUUUUCCUGUGGUUCCUGCCCCAGCCCCCUUCACUCCCUCUGAGACCCCUGCCUCUCCCCCAGCCCCUCUCCCUCCCCCAAAGACCCCAGCCGCUCCUACAGGUCCUGUCCCAGCCCCCUCCCCACACCCCGAGACCCCUGCCUCUCCCCCAACCCCUCUCCCUCCCCCAAAGACCCCAGCCGCUCCUACAGGUCCUGUCCCAGCCCCCUCCCCACACCCCGAGACCCCUGCCUCUGCCCCAACCCCCCUUCCUCCCCCAAAGAUCCCAGCCUCUCCUACAGGCCCCUCCGCGACCCCUGCCUCUCCCCCAGCCCCUCUCCCUCCCUCAAAGACCCCAGCCGCCCCUACAGGUCCUGUCCCAGCCCCCUCCACACACCCCGAGACCCCUGCCUCUCCCCCAACUUCCCUACCUCCCCCAAUGACCCCAGCCUCUCCUACAGCUCCUGCCCCAGGCCCCUCCAUGCCCCCCGAGACCGCUGCCUCUCCCUCAAUCCCCCUCCCUCCCCCAAAGAGCCCAGCCUCUCCUACAGCUCAUGUCCAAGCCCCCUCCACUCCCUCUGAGACCCCUGCCUCUCUACCAAAGCCCCCAGCCUCUCCUGUGGGUCCUGCCUCUGCCCCAGCCUUCUCCAUGCCCUCUGAGACCCCUCCCUCUCCCCCAUCCUCUCUCCCUUCUGCUAUGGCCUCAGCUUCUACUGCUUCUCCUGCCUCUGCCCCAACCCCCUCCACUUCCCCCCAAGCCCCUGCUCCUCCACCAAAGGCCCCAGCCUCCCCUGUGGGUCCUGCUCCUGCCUCAGCCCCCUGCAUUCCCCCUGUGAUCCCUGCCUCUGCCCCAACCCCUCUCCCUCCCCCAAAGGCCCCAGCCUCUAUUGCUGCUCCUGCCCCAGUCCCCUGCACUCCCCCUGUGACCCCAGCCUCUUCCCCUACGGCUCCUACCCCAGCCCCUCUCCAUCCCUUGGUGGCUCCUGUUUCUCUCAGUGUGACACCAGCUCUGGUGGCUCCUGCAUCUCCACCAGCUCCUGUCACCCCCCCUGAGGCUGCAGUUUCUCCUGUGACUCCUGUUUCUCCCCCUGUGGCCCCAGCCUCUCCCCCUUCCCCAGUUCCGGUGACCCCUGGCUCUCCCCCUGUCCAAAAGGCAGUAACUGAGGCUGCUGCCCCUGGCUGUGCUCCCGCCUCCUCUCCUGAGCUGCUCCUUGCUGCCCAGAAACCAGCUUCCUCGCCAGUUGCUUCCACUGACCUCCCUGCCACUCCCCUUACUCCAGCAAGUAGCCGAGCCCCUGCGCCUCUGCCCACUUCCCCCGCUGAAGAACUAACCCCCCACCCUGGGCUUCCUAAACCAUCCCCGCCUUCCUCCUCACCUGGUCCUGCGCCCAAAGCACCAGCUAGUCCCCCCGCCCCCGUCUGUGCUGCUACCAUCGAUGACGACGAGCUGCCGCCUCUCAUCCCUCCCGAGGGGCCUGCCGGGGAAUUGCAGCCGAUCCUGGUGGAUCUCUCCUCUCCCAGACCCGCUGUGGCCCCUGCUGAGGCCCCAGCUCCUCUUCCUCCAGCCAAGCAACCCGUGCUGAAGAAUGACAAGGGGUCCGGCACAGAAUCCGACAGUGACGAAUCGGUGCCAGAACUCGAAGAACAAGACUCUACACAGGCCACCACACAGCAGGCACAGCUUGCAGCAGCAGCUGAAAUCGAUGAAGAACCAGUUAGCAAAGCAAAACAGAGCCGGAGUGAAAAGAAAGCACGAAAGGCAAUGUCCAAACUGGGCCUUCGCCAGGUCACAGGUGUAACCCGAGUCACCAUCCGGAAAUCCAAGAACAUCCUCUUCGUCAUCACGAAGCCAGACGUGUACAAAAGCCCCGCAUCAGACACCUACAUCGUCUUCGGCGAGGCAAAGAUCGAAGAUCUGUCCCAGCAGGCGCAGCUGGCAGCUGCCGAGAAAUUCAAAGUGCAAGGAGAAGCCGUCUCAAACAUUCAGGAAAACACACAGACUCCCACCGUACAGGAGGAGAGCGAAGAGGAGGAGGUUGACGAGACCGGCGUCGAGGUGAAGGACAUCGAGCUGGUCAUGUCCCAGGCGAACGUGUCCCGGGCGAAGGCUGUCCGGGCCCUGAAGAACAACAGUAACGAUAUUGUAAAUGCUAUUAUGGAAUUGACGAUGUAGCCAUCAGAAGGGAGGAACCUUUUGGUUUUUCAGAGAAGACUAAAAUGCAGCUAAAUUUAACAUUUGUACUAUUUCUAUCGAUAAAUAAAAGUUGUGGCUUAUUGUCGGUGAAAUCUUU